CCUGAACUCAGUAUUGAGUAAUCAUGAGGCUCACAGCCUGCGAAGUGGUGUUCGUAUUAGAUCACUAAGCAGUGCUGCGUGUAUAGGGGGCCCUCCUCGUGGCACUCUGUUAAGACCUUACUGUAGUGGGCAGGUGCUCAUGGCACGUUUCCCCCACCACGUCGGGCCUGGCGUCACCUGUGUAAGCCCCAGAGCAGCUGCUGUCCCGAGACCUGAGGCUUGAAGACUCAGGACAGCUAGACAAUGACCCUGACAGGUGCCCUCCUCUUGAGAAAUGUGUAUGUUGUGUCGUUCCAAAGGGAAUGUAACAUGGAAGGGAAAAAAGGUGUUUUUGUCUUUCUCCUUGGCCCAGCUCAGCAAUAGGUAAUGGCUGUAAAAAUUAAGAUUCCUAUUUCGCGUCGAUCUCAAAGCGCAGAGUGUUUCUUCAACCAGGAAACGCCCAUGCCACAGGACUGCCGCAGUCCCCGUAUUUUAGAGUUAAGCAGGGCACAUGCCGACCUCCCCCGGGAGAACACGCUGAACAGCAUCACCCCUGAUGGCCUGAAGACAGAUGAAGUCCGAAACUGGAGGAGACCUCACCUCUGCUGUGUUCUUGGGAGUGGUGUGCGGGUUUCCAGGCCGUCAUUCGGACAGUGCUCCUGCCCUGAGAGCAUGACAGCCGAGGCCCUGGGAGGACUAGUGUGGCAAGCUUCCCUGGCCCGGAGCGAGAGCAGGGUCACAGCCUACCGUCCCUGCCAAGAUGGGACAGACGUGCUCUGUGGUGUCGGAAGCCCCUUCCUCUGAGGCUCGGCCCCAGGGCUGGGGCUUGGGGCUGCCUCUGUGUCAAAGACUCAGAGGGACAGGCUUCCCCGCAGGGACGUGUGUGCCCAUCUCUGCCACAUUGAGAAAUGCUGUGUAAGUUACGCCACAGCUGACCCCAGGCCCGGCUGCCAGCCGAGUUGUGGGACGUGAGAAGGUGGGGCACAGCUGGGCUGGAAUGGCUGCUGGCUCCUUGGAGAACUGGCUGAGGGUGAGGAAGACCUCUGGAAGCCUGGAGAAGACUCUUCAGUGAGGACGGGAGGGAGCUUUUGCACCAGCGCCCUUGAGAGGGAGCAGGGAUUUGUUGGCAGGCUGGAAGGAUGGGCGAGCAGAGGACAGCUGCCCUGGGCUCCGGGACCCUGGACAAGGCCACCUCCUGGGUUCCUCUGCCAUGGGCUUCUUUGGCCAGGUAGAAACAGGGUUCUGACGGUGCUGGCUGUUCCUGUCCCGGUGUCCUCCCUCCUGGUGGUUGUGUCCCUGAGAAGGCCUCCAGUUGGUGCACCCACCCUUGGUCCCACCCCCUGGGACGACUCAAACCCCUGCAGUUGGGGAAGCACCUUUCUACAAAGGGGAAGGCGUCUAAGGGUUGGCCAUCACCCCAUGGCUGUAAUGGGAUCUUUGGAGAAUAUUCUGCUAACGUUAACUGGGAAUCCUUGGGAUCUAAAGCUACUGGUUCUUGGAUGUGAGGACGCUAACACGAGGGAGCCCUUUCCAGACCUUGUGACCAACCGUGUGGGUGUGGGGCUUGGGAAGCAACUGGACAGUAAGAUUGUGUCCAUGUCUCCCACUGUUGCAGGACUGCAGUCAGUGCCUCUGAAGGGACUGUCUCCUUUCCUGGCCCUCAGUGUCUCCUGGGCAGGGACAGCGUUUGCCCCACGCCAGACUUGGUCUUUAUCAGGACUCUGGAUACCGCCAGGGUGGGGGCAGGCCUCUGAGCUCCUGCACAAACACCAAACAGCUGGGCUAAGCGCGCUUCCAAAACAAGUCACAUUUUUUAAAAAGCAGCAUAAGUGAUUUUAGAAAUCUUACUGCUGUGAAUUCUGCCUGGAGCCAGAAUGAGAAGGUGCUGAGGAGAGGUGCUCAGAUAAAAAGGCCCCUUGUUUCUCAAGAAGCUGAAGACGGACACUGAGGAGCAGUCACAGAAGCAAGGCCUCGGCCAAGGGCAAAGGUGACUGAAACCCCCCCCGCCCCGUCACGCUCUGCUUUUGCUCCCUCCCAGGCACAGUCUCAAGGGGAAUGAGCAGCUUGCCCGCAAGCACCUCGAGGCCUUGUCUUCACCUCCUGCAUCCAGCUCAGGUCAGCACGGGAGGUCAGCCACGCUGUGAGAUCUGCAGGUGCCCAUUGUGUUGUGUGAAUCAUCGUUACCCCUGACGAGUCAGAAAAUGAGCUACUCAUAGGCUCCCAGCACACAAGGAUGAGGGGAGAGAAUGUCACCCAGGUCAGCAUGUUCAUCCUGGUGGGCUUCUCCACGGCCCCUCGGCUGCAGUAUGUGCUCUUCCUCCUCUUCCUGCUCACCUACCUCUUUGUGCUGGUGGAGAACCUGGCCAUCAUCCUCACCGUCCGGACCAGCUCCUCCCUCCACAGGCCCAUGUACUACUUUCUGGGCUCCAUGUCUUUUCUGGAGAUCUGGUACGUAUCUGACAUCAACCCCAAGAUGCUGGGUGGUUUCCUCCUGCAGCAGAAACACAUCUCCUUUGUUGGGUGCAUGACUCAGCUCUACUUCUUCAGCUCCUUGGUGUGCACUGAAUGCGUGCUCCUGGCCUCCAUGGCCUAUGAUCGCUACGUGGCCAUCUGCCACCCCCUGUGCUACCAAGUCAUCAUGACCAUGGGGCUCUGCAUCCAGCUGGUGGUCUUCUCCUUUGUGAGCGGCUUCUCCAUCUCCGCCAUCAAGGUGUACUUUAUCUCCAGCGCCACGUUCUGUGGCUCCAAUAUCGUGAACCACUUCUUCUGUGACAUUUCCCCUAUCCUCAAACUAGCCUGCACAGACUUCUCGACUGCAGAGCUGGUGGACUUCAUCCUUGCCUUCAUCAUCCUGGUGUUUCCCCUCAUGGCCACCGUGCUCUCCUAUGGACACAUCACCCUGGCUGUCCUGCGCAUCCCCUCGGCCACUGGCCGCUGGAGAGCCUUCUCCACUUGUGCCUCCCACCUCACCGUGGUCACCAUCUUCUAUACGGCCAUGAUCUUCAUGUACGUCCGGCCCCAGGCCAUCGAUUCCCGGAGCUCCAACAAGCUCAUCUCUGCUGUUUACACUGUCCUCACCCCAAUAAUCAACCCGUUGAUCUACUGUCUGAGGAACAAGGAAUUUAAGGCUGCCUUGAAAAAGGCUCUUGGGCUAGGUCACUCUUCACAAUAGGACAGUCAAACAUCCUGAAAUCUAAUUUGUAGUGAUAAUAAAAUGCUAUCUUAUAUUGCACUUUAUGCUUUUUAAAGUAAAUCUGCAAAUGAAAUAUAGCAAACUAUAGAACCACACAGAAAUAAUAAACCUUUAUCUGUUUUUGUUUUCACAAAGGGCAGCGGUCACUUUGGGUAUUUUUUGAGGUUUUUAUGAAUGCAGUUGUGAAGAUGCUUUUAUGUUUCUUUCAUUAUGAUGCUUGAGUGAAUCCUUGAUGUUUUUGCAUGUAGCAAUGAUUCAAGCAUAUCAUGUGUAAUAUUGCACCAUUUAAACGUAUCACAGUGCACUAUGCAUUGACUCUGUGGACAGU